GGCAUGCAGUUACGGAACUCAUAAUCUAUUCGCUGGAACUACUUCGACCACGUAUCCAUGCAAUUGCACCAGAAGUCCGGCUUAAUUUCGGGCAAAAUGUCCUGACUCCUCUGAUUGACAAAACUCAAUCGGACCGAAUACUCGAAGUUGUCGUUCGAAUUGUCGAUAUUAUGAUGCGAACCAGUGAAGAGGAUGAAACAAUGCGUAUGCGAUUUUUCAAAUUAUUCAAUGCGCGAAUAGCAAAGAAAAUUUACGAGCGUUUAUAUCACAUAUUGGCGCUGGAGGACUGGGCCCAAUUCCAGCAUCAUUUUUUCAUUAAGCACUGCAUUAAUCUGUUGUUGUGGUCAGUUAUUGAGGAGAAUAAGGAGAAAAAAAGCAACGAAGUGAUCCAAACAGUGCUGCUGAACUGUGCCACAUUUUGGCGCACAUAUGAGACGGUUUUUGACCUGGAAACGUUGCGUCGAAAUCAUCCAGGUGCAAAUGAUAACGAUGAUCAGGUGCUGUGGGACCAAGAUAUGGAUGAAACUAAACGAAGCAUUUCAUCGGAGAUUUCUGGGGAUCAGCUGAAAAUGACUAUUGGAAUCACUGACCAAACGAGUGCAAAGGAUUUGCAAAUCGCCUUGAUUGCCGGGCAGCAAGUACAGCUAUUCGAAAUGGCAGCCAAGUUUUGCGUCACAGAUAUUUUGCCGAGUUUCAUCGAACUUGUCCAUAACAGUAUGUUCAUAGUAUUCCACCUCAUAUAG